UGCGAGUAAUUGUUGUGAAAAUUCUUUUGUUAUGAAAAUACUUAAAUUUGUCGUUCUUUUCAUGCUGAAUUUGUUAAAUAAUCUGAAAGAAUUCAAUAAGACACUCAUCAGUCAUACAUAUACAUAUUUUAGAGGUGUGAUUGAGCGAAAUAAUACCAACAUGGAUCAAGAAGAUGAUCAUCAAAGGCAACAUCAGGAGCGAGGACAAGACUAUGAACCGUUACAGAACCUGGCAUUGGAAGAGAUAGGUGGCCAAGAAGAAUAUGUGGCGAUGGAUGUAGUAGAAGACAGCGAUAAUGACAGUGAUGGGGCCGAUGGUGCAGACGAAGGCGAUGACGAUGAUGAAAGUAGCGACGAUUAUGAUGUAUUGGAAGACUUGGUACCUCAGGAUUCUUGGUCUUCUGAUGAAAUUGAUUGUGACGAUGACUCGAACUUUGAUCAUGAAAGUGUUUCAUUGCAACGGCUACAUAGAAUGUUAUAUCGAUACCGCGAACGUGUUAAGCAUACAUACAGUUUCCAACCGCUUCGACUAAUUCGAUGUCAGUAUAAGGCUAAUCACGAUGCCGGAGAAUUCCCCAUUGCCCGAAGUGGUCACCGUAUCAUAGCUUCUGAAUCGCAUCUGUACUCCCUAGGGGGCUAUAACCCAAAUAGAACGCCAAAUGUAACACGAUUUGACGCCUGUAUGCUAUUUCAGGAAUUAUGGGCCUUCAACUUUGCAACAGGUCGCUGGAAACUACUCUUAAAUGCUGAUAAUUCGGAAAUGCCAAGAGAAUUAGCUUCGAAUGCUUUGGUCAUUUAUAACAACGUAUUAAUUUCACAUGGCGGUACGGGUUACCCAUUCGGAGAAACAUGUUCAAACGAUUGCUACGUCUAUACAACUGGAGAAAAUCCCAAAGUAAUGCUUCUCAAAGUCACUGGUGACUUACCAACGGCCCAAUAUGGACCUGGUAUUGUGAUACAUAAUGAUUACCUUUAUACAAUAGGUGGGACAACGGGGUUCGAUUAUUCCUGUGAUGUAUUUCGUUUGAACCUUCAAACAAAAGUUUGGGAGAAUGUGUAUAUAUGUCGGCCGGAAAUGAGAGACGAUCCUGAGGGACGUUAUAGACAUGAAGUGGUGUACGAUGGUCACCAUAUAUACGUAUUGGGUGGAGGUACAUCUCACACUGUUUACGACCUGCAACGUAUACCGGCGUUUAAUUUGGAAACCAAUCGGUGGGAUUAUUUUGAUACGUUACCAGACCGAACUGCAGCAUCAAACCAAGAUCUCGGUUACCCAAAAGCAAGAAAAUGUUUGUCCUGCGUCCAGCACACAGCCAGCAAUGGUGAUAUUGAAGCAUUCAUUACUGGAGGUCUGCAGGGAGAUUUUAACACAUAUUUCGAUGAUAUAUGGAAGUUAAAUUUACGGACUAAGCAAUGGUAUAAAAUACAUACCGCAACACUACCACGCCCGCUUUAUUUCCACUCAGCAGCACAUGCCGGCAACGGGUGCAUGUAUAUUUUUGGCGGAAUCGAAUACAACGAAGCUCAGAGGGACAUGAGACGUCGCAAUCACCUUUUCAAAAUGUGGAUGACAAUUCCAAAGCUUAGUGAUAUUUGUUGGGACGCCAUCACUUACUACAACCAUAAUCUUCAUAAAUUUGACCGUUCUACUUUAUUGAAUGCUGGUAUACCUCAACGUUAUGUUAACCGUUUACCCGUCUUACCAGAACGUAUACGCAAACAUGCAUCUGAUGAACCCUCAUCGUCAUCUUUCUUAAAUGGCUUAACAAAAAGAAUGCGUGCUCAUCUCGAAUAGAGUCCUUAAUCGUUAUAUUCAUCAGGUGUUUGUUAUUUGCUUCUUUAGAGUUGAUUGCGAAUCAUUUGCCAUUUGUUUACAAAAAAAUGUAUUUUAAUUAUAUUUUCGUUAAAGAAAUUUAUAUUAUAGGA